CUCAGCGCCAUCUGAUGCCGGAGUUCAAGUCGUUGUGUUUUUCCCGUCGUGUAUUUCUGGAGCCAGACUUUCAAGGGUCAAGACCACCUUCGUAUUUGCUGAAGGGACAUGAUGGAGCUGACCAACUAAGGCGUAGUGAUGGGCACUGAAUGAACUUCAGUUGAGGAAUGUGUAAGGUGGCACUUGUGCCAAGAUGAAGAUUGACAGAAUCAAGUUAAAGAAGAGCAGCUCAGAAGUUCCUGGUGAUUGUGGCUGGCUAAUUGAAAAACUCCAAAGCUGUAGCAAUGAGGAACUGCUGCCCAUCCUGCAGAGUGUGGAGUCCUGGAGCUACGGCAAGUGUGAGCUGUACCACUGGAUUGAUGUGCUGGACAGAUUUGAUACAAUCCUAGAAGAGGCCACAGACAAAGGAGAUGAGGACAAGUGGGUGUUGCCGUGUGAUCUCCCAGACAAUGGUCAUGUUCAGGAGCUGGUGGUAUGGGUGCUCCACUUCACCACACUGCUGGUGGAGCAUUCCUUCUCCCGUCACUUGUACUCCUCAGUGGAGCACCUCAUCACCCUCCUCUCCUCCACCUCCAUGACCAUUGUGCUUGCCGUCCUCAACUUACUCUACAUGUUCAGCAAGAGAUCCAACUUCAUCACCCGGUUAGCACUGGCCCCCCGGCAGGCACUGCUCACCCGUCUCAUCAACCUGGCUGAGCCCUGGGGAGGCAAGGACAACGGCUUUGGCCUUGCACAGUGCUGCCAGAAUCUGCCUCUCAGUGAUUUCCCUGAAAAUGCCACCACACUUCAUUAUGAAUUCUAUGGUGAGCAUCAGCAGCAGCAGUACCACUCUGACACAGCCAGUGGGGCCAGUGGUACCACCAGCAGCACCAAUAGUUGUAGAGGGAACAGUUCAAUCAUUACUAUUCACAUAGAUAAUAUGCAGAAUAUCAACAAGUCACCAGCCCAAGUUAUGGAGGAGCUGAUGCAGGUGUACAAAGUGCCUAGUGAGAAACAGAUGGUCCUUUUUACUCACAUAAGAUUAGCCCAUAGUUUUGGGUCGUAUGAAACCCGGCUGCAGUGUGUGCAGGCCCGGCUGCAGGCGUUGUCAGUGCUGGUGUACUGCAAUGCUCUCCAGGAUAAUGCAAACACAGUUUUGUAUUCAGGACUUCUUGAUGAGUUUGUUGAAGUCUUGGAACUGAAUGACACUAAGCUUACCGAGAUCAAGGCUGCCACUCUCCGCACCUUGACCUCCAUCAUUCACCUGGAUAGAAUGCCAAGCUUCCCCAGACUAAACACUAUAAUAGAUGUAACAGGUGCCUCAUCCUACCAUGGGUUCUUGCCAGUGCUGGUGAGGUCUUGCAUCACUACACUGACAGCACACUCCCCACCCGUGCCCAAUCCCUUUCCAGCACCCUUGGCCACAGCACUCUUUUCCUUCCUCUACCACCUGGCUAGUUAUGAGGCUGGGGGGGAGGCACUUGUGUCAUGUGGUAUGAUGGAGUCUCUCAUCUCUGUAGUUAACUGGAAAGGGACUGAACCGGAUCACAUAACAUUUGUGACCCGGGCAGUAAGAGUGAUUGACCUCAUCACCAACCUUGACAUGCAUGCCUUCCAGUCUCAUGGUGGCCUGAAUGCCUUCACCAAACGUUUGGAGGUGGAGGUAGAGGAAUGCCGAAAAGAGCAGCCUUUUGUCAUAAGCUUACCAGCACCGCUAGCUGGGGAUGGGGACAGCUCAAGUGCUCCCUCAGAUACAGCCCAGUCUGCCGGUGCCACAGAGGAACCCAUAGAUACAACUGAUACCACAGAAGUGCCUGAUACUGGUACCCACUCUCCAAUGGACACCACACCCGCUCCAGCUCCCGCAGAGGUGGAUGUUGCCCAAUCCUCGUAUGCCGCCCAGCCCAGCACUUCCUCGGCCAUGGAGGUGCCCGUGGCCUCACAACCAGACUACAGUGAGGCCAAGACUGGUCUCUCCUGCCUACCACAGAGAGCAGCCCUCAUCAAGUCCAUGCUCAAUUUCCUGAAGAAGGCCAUCCAGGAGCCAGGAUUCAGUGAGAGCAUGCGUCACCUGAUGGAAGGCUCUCUGCCAUCCUCUCUUAAACACAUUAUCAGUAAUGCUGAAUAUUAUGGAGCAUCUCUCUUCCUCCUGGCGACGGACGUGGUCACUGUCUAUGUGUUUGGUGAGCCGUCAUUGCUUUCCUCCCUGCAGGACAACGGCCUCACCGAUGUUGUCCUCCACGCCUUGCUGGUUAAAGACGUUCCAGCCACUAGGGAAGUGUUGGGCUCACUCCCCAAUGUGUUCAGUGCCCUUUGCCUCAACUCCCGGGGCCUGAAUGCCUUCGUGGCCUGCAAGCCCUUCGAGAGGCUGUUCAAGGUGCUGCUGUCCCCUGACUACCUGCCGGCCAUGAGGCGCCGCCGCUCCUCAGACCCGAUGGGGGACACCGCCUCCAACCUGGGUAACGCCAUGGAUGAGCUGAUGCGGCACCAGCCCAGCCUCAAGUCCAAGGCUAUGAAGGCCAUCGUCAAGCUCCUGGAGGAAGUGUGCCUGCUGGGGAGCGACACUCACUACAUCUGCUGGAAGACUCCCCCAAAGCAUGAGGCGUCUCCCGCACCUGUGUCCCGAAGCACAAAUGACAACUCAAGUGAUGAAGAAGAGGAGGACGACGAGGAGAGGGACGGGGGCGUGGCCAGGCUGUCUGUCACCACUGGCCAGCGGGAGGACGUGGCACUCUCAGAGACCACUCCGGGGGAGAAGCGACCGGUUCCCCUGGUUGACUAUGUCCUUAAUGUCAUGAAGUUUGUGGAUGCCAUUCUGAGCAACAACUCUACUGAUGAUCACUGCAAGGAGUUUGUCACACAGAAGGGUCUUGUUCCCCUACUGGGCAUCCUGGGUUUGCCCAACCUUCCCAUAGAUUUCCCAGUCUCUCAGGCUUGUCAGUCUGUGGCGUCAGUGUGCAAAUCUAUACUGAACCUUGCCCAUGAGAGUGGAGUUCUUCAAAGAGGACUUCACUGCCUCAAUGAAAAGCUUGAGGCCUUGGCUCCCCUGCACCAGCCUCUGCCUUCCCCAGGAGGCUCAGUGCUGCUGCGGGAGCUGGCCUCAGCACCCAGUCCUGGCGAAGCCACAGCUUUCCCACAAGCCACUCCUCUGCUGCACACGCUGAGUGCUGUCCAUGCCUACAUCAUGAUGCUGGUGCAUGUGUGCCGCACAGGACAGACAGAGAUCAGGCAGUUAUCCAUCAACCAGUGGGGCACAGAGCUUGGUCUGAGGGUGUUGGUAGGACUCACCCAGCUGUACACCUCCCUUGUCUGGGAAUCCACAGUGCUUCUGGCACUCUGCUCUGAUGAUGCCCUGCCUGCAGGCUGCCUCUUUGGCAAGGAGGACACUGACAAACUGCUACCACCUGACCUGAGGUCUGAGGAUGGCAGCCGAAGUGAAGCAGUGGCAAUGGAAGUGACAGAAUCUGACAUCAAGGGAACAAGUGGGACCGGCACACCACUGGCUGAGGACAGCAACACAGAGAGCCCCACAAGACAGCAGUCUGCAGCCACACAGCACCAGAUGAAGCUGAUCAAGCCACUUUUGUCUUCAGCUUCAAGACUGGGCAAAGCACUGGCAGAGCUUUUUGGCCUCCUUGUCAAGCUGUGUGUUGGCUCUCCACUGCGUCAGCGAAGGGGACAGCAGGUGGCCACUCCCAUCACACCUCCCUCGGCAUCAGCAAGGGCUGUUGCCUCAGCCCUGGCCCAUCUCUUGUAUGCUGGGCUGUCCUGGACUCCACCCCCGGCUUCUCCUGUCCCCAAGUUCCGCCUCACUUUCCUCAUCUGCUCCGUCAGAUUCACAAAUCCCAUGCUUUUUGAUGACAAGAAAAUGCCAUACCACCUUAUGCUCCAGUACUUUGUGUCCUCCCAGGGUCUCAGAGCCUUCUUUGACACCUUUGAGUGGGCCAUCAGUGCAGGGGGGCAGGAUGGCCUUGACUCUGGUGAACUGCCUGAGGGAACCGGAGAGUUUCUGGACACCUGGCUGUUCCUGCUGGAGAGGCUGGUCAAUCCCCGCACAAUGCUAGACUCCCCUAACUCCCUGCCAGCCAAGUCCUCUCAGCCAGGCUACCAACCAUUCAGCCCUCUCAAGUUCCUCAUUCACAUUCAGAAGGCUGCAUUUGGAGCUGUGAUGAAGCUGUGGAACAAGAAGCCACUGAAGUCGUAUGGCGUGAGGAUAUCGGAGUCUGUAUUGGUGAUCCUGUGCUCCAUCAUCAAGGGGGAAGCAAUCAUCAACGAGCGUCUUGCCAAGGAAAAAGAGAGCACCUCCACAACCAUCACCACCACUACCACUACCACAAUUUCCACCACCACCACCACCACUGCAGCAGCAGCGGCAGCAGUAGCAGCAGCAGCAGCAGCAGCAGCAGCUACCAUUGCCACUACAGCCACAGCCACUUCUAGCACCAGUAGUAGUGGCACAGCAGGUGCAGCCACACCUGCUACUACCACAACCAACACUGCGGGAGCUGCAGUGCCUGCCACCACUAGUGCCCCUCCUUCUGAGUGGGUCACAGUUCCACCUAGAGACACCACUGGUCAGGCUGCUCCUGCAGAACCUGAUGUCAACCAGCAGCACCUGCAGGCUCUAAUGGACAUGGGCUUUGCCCGUGAGAGGUGCCUGGAGGCCAUUUCCCAGACCCACACCCUCCAGCAGGCCACUGAGUACCUGCUUAUGAACCCGCACCUGGACCCGUCCACUGGGGUUGGAGGCGGGGGAGACAUGGAGCUCAUCGAGGAGGACCAGAUGCUUCAGGCCAUUGCCAUGUCUUUAGGAGAAAAUGUACAAGUAUCAGGUACUGGCAGCACCAGCUCCACCAACCUCAGUCUUCAGUGCAGCACUCCAAAGGCUGCCACUGUUGCCACCAAGGAGAUGGAUGACGACCCUCUGGGCAAGGACACACUGGAUAAAUUCAGUGAACAUGUGUUGGAGGGUUGUUUGAGUCAGCUGGAUGUGCAGCCCCAGAUGGUGUACAAAGUGUGUGAGCUGCUGACAACCUGUGCCACCCGCAAUGGUGUGCAGUGGAGGGACAACAUGCUCACAACACUCAUCAAUGAGAUUAGCAGCCAAGCCGAGCAGCUAUUCACCAUCAGCAGCCUGUCCACGCAGGAGAGAGUGGACCUGCUGUGCACCUCAGUACUGGCCUCAAAAUUUGCUGUGCGACUCCACCUCGUGACUCUGCUGUUUGAGGAGAUGAAGACAGGGUGUGCAAGAGCCAUGGAGCAGGCUGGUCUGGUGCACACGCUCACUGACCUGUUCAUCUUGACACAAGGUGUACUGGCAUCUGCUUCCACCCUCACCCCUACCCCAGCAGCUCCAGCAGCCCAGGCAGCCCAGGCAGUGCAUGCCUCCCCACAGACAACACCACUCCAUGCCAAGGACAAGGAGAAGGACAAAGACAAGGAGUCCACAGAAAGCUCAGGGACUCCUAAGUGGCUCUCUCCGGGUCUUCUCUUGCUAGAUCUUUAUGAAAAGUUAGCAAUUGCAACUAAAAGGAGAGCAGCUGUGAAUAAGAUAUGCAACCAUGUGUGGAAGUGGUUUGACAUGAGCACUCAGAAGUGGUGUGCUUAUUCAGCGAGCAACAACAAGACUAUCAAUGAUGCCUACUGGUCAGGUGAGGCAAGCAUACGCAUCAUCAAUGGACGGAGGAAGUACACCAUUCAGUUCCACUCCAUGGUUCAGGUAAAUGAGGAGUCAGGCAAUCGUCGUCCAGUGAUGAUCACCAUCAAGGACAAAGUUAUUGCCGAGAAAAAGAAAGAACUGGCGACUGCUUCAGCCAGCAAAGACAAGCCAAGCCAGGCUCCAGAGGAGGACAGCGCAGCAGCUGCCGCAACUGAUGAAGACAAGAAGGCUGGAACAGAUGGGCAGACCGCUGCAGAAGCCUCUGGAGGUGGAGUGGCUCCGGCGUCAGAUGAUGCGGCCAAGGCAGUGACGAUGGCCGGUGGAGAGGAGAAGAUGGAGUGUGAAGAUGGCGAGGAAACGAGUGGACCAGCAGCUGCCGAGACAGCCGGUCCUGAGGUGGUGUUGGUUGAAGGAUUGACUGAUGUGCACCAGGAGUUCAUGAUCAGGGCAUGUGUUGGAUUCAUGAAGCUUGGAGUGGACCCAGACACCCUCCACGCUCUGAUGCGAUUGUGCUUGCGCAUGACCAGAGUCUGGGAGAAUGCCUGCCUCUUUGCAAGCCUGGGUGGUGUGCGCACCUUGCUGUCUCUGACCGAGGCUUCAGGCUUUUGGGGUUUCCAGAACCUGGCAGCCUUGUUGAUGCGGCACGUGUUGGAGGAGCCCGCCACUCUGCGCUACACCAUGGAGAAGGUUGUGCGGUCGUCUGCAAGCAACAAUUCCAUGUCGGGCACAAAGGAGCUGCACUACCUGCUGCGCAUCCUUGCCCCCGCUGCCUGCCGCCACCCUCAGCUCUUCAUGGAGAUCACGCAGCAGUGUCUUCGUAUUGACCUCAACAUGACGCUCAAGAGGAAUCUCAUGUCAACCAACAGCGAAGACAGCAUCCUGAUGAAGAGCGUUGGGGGCAAGAGUGUCGGCUGUGUUAGCGGCAGCAGUACCUCAGGCAGCUCUGGUCCUCCUUCCGGCAUGACGCUGAGCUCAGAGCCACAGAACCUCAUCCAUGACCUCUUAGAAGCCCUCACCACACUGAAGGACGACGCCGAACCAGCCUCAGGUGGUGGAGCAGGUGCCACGCUGGCUAGCACCACACCCACCGAGGAGAGGAACUCGUCUGCCUUCAACACGCGUCGGCAGGUGUACCUCUCCCGCUCCUCCUCAGCCAAUGACAUGGUGGUGCAGGAGACUGAUGAGCAGAGUCCAAUGGAGAGUGACUCAAGCAAGGUUCCUGGCUCUGAUGGGAAGGGUGCUACUAGUGAUAAGGUGGAUGAAGCAGCCAAGAAGAAAAAGCCUCUUCUUUCAAAGUCACUUAUUUGCAAAUUCUUGGCUGAGUUUGUACGUUCCUAUGCCGGAUGUGCCAAACUAGUCACUGAACACCACUACUCGGCCGGAGCAAAUGAGAAGAUCACAGAGGAGUGCUCUGCACUGGCAUAUAUGCUGGACCACUUGGUGUGCAACAGCUCGGCCUCUGACAAAGACACGGCUGGUCAUGUGCGGGUCCUUAUCGCUGCUCUUGCCUCCUGCAAUCAUGCGCCCGACGCCCAGACCAUCUUGGUGACAGAGGUGAAGGCUGCUCUGGGACGAGCCACAGUCCUUGUAGAGAGUGUGGAGAAGCACAGUCGCAUUCAGGCGCUGGUGGGGCUGAUCUGCAUCAUGAUGGAGGCCUGUCCUGCACAGCUGAACCAGCCCCACAAUGUGUGCUUCAAGCAGCAGCAACAUGGAAUGAACAACAUGAUUCGCGUGAUGGUGCGCAAGGGACUGGUGACAGACCUGGCCCGCAUUCCCCACAGUCUGGACCUCUCCUCCCCCAAUAUGUCACCUACUGUUAAUGCAGCCCUCAAACCCCUGGAGCUGGUGUCUCGCAUUGUCAACCUGCCCUCGUUCAUGCCCACCUCGUCAUCCAAGAAGAAGAACACUCAGAGUGAUGAUGCCCAGCAGCCCAUUGGUACAGAGACGACAAACAGUGAGGCAACACGAGCACAGGGCGACGACAACAUAGAGGACACGGAGAACACUGAACAUGACAUCUCAGGAGCAGGAGAGAGCCUGGAGCCCACCUCUGAGGCACAUCUUAAUGAGGAUGUCACGCUGGCGGAGGGGAUUCUGGAGCACCUGCUGGAGGAAAGCUCGGGUGGAGGUGGCCGUGUUCAGCCCGUUCGAGACACAGUCACCACCACCGUCACCUAUGUCAUUGACCGUGAUGCCCCAAUGGACACUGAUGAGACGCUACAUGACUCUCGUAUGGUGUCCCACUCUGACAGCCAGUUCCUGGAUGAGGCUGAAGAUGAAGCCAACGAGGAGCAAGAAGAUUCAUCAUCAGAGUCAUCAGAGGAGAGAGAGGACGAUGAUGCAGAUGAAGACGACAAUGACGAAGUGGAGGAAGAGGAAGAGGAGGAGGAGGAAGAUGGACCUGAUGACGAUGACGAGGAUGUGGAUGAGGACGAGGAAGGGUCAGUGUUUGAUGAGGGGUACGAGGACCUGGAGGAGGAGGCCUUGAUUCAGCUGCCAGGCGACCGAGACUCCGACGACAUCAUAAUGCUGCCGUCCUACCAGCAGUACAUUGACACCAUCGACACCAUCAUCUUUGGGGAGCGUGUGGAUCGGGUGGAUAGAGUCUCCCUUCACCACCAUAGUAACUCCCAUGAAGAUCCUUCCUUUAUGGCCUCAACUCCCAAUGCCAACCCUAGUGGGAGCAAUGCUAUCCCGACCCACCCACUAUUCCAGAACCCACGUGAGGUUCCUACCACAGCCAGUGCCCGCCUUAACAGUAGGCCAAGUCGCCAGCGCGGGGUGCUCAGGUACCACUCUGUCGCCCCACGCACCCUCACCACUGACACCAUGCUCCAGAGGUUACUGGGACCCGGUCACCGUGAAGUUAUGCAACUAACGUCCAACCUACGAGAUGCCUCUCAGGUGCUCUUCACUAAUCCUGAUGUCCGGUUAAUGCCUCCUGAACCAGAUGAGUUUAUUGAAUUGCAGGAUCACGGCGGGAAUGUGAUGAACAACGGAGGUCAGACAGCCUCACUCUCCAGCGUGCCCAAUGCUCUCUCCCGCUGGACCGAGGAGACCCGGGUCCUGGAGGCAGACUCCAUGCACGAUGCUGUCACUGUUGUGAAGCCAGCCCUGAUGGCAGUUCUGGAGAAAUAUAGAGAUGAGGAGCAGCUGGAAAGAGACAAGAAAAAGAAGGAACAGGAGACCAGCAAAACACCACCAGCCUCAGCUGAAAUAUCUCAGGGUCCUCUCCUCCUUCAUAGCAAUGAUGCAGAAAUGGGAGAGGCCAGUGAGAGUAGCAGGUCUGGUGGGCGGCCCGACGUGGCCACCUCCGAGGCACCCAGCCAAGAUGCUGCCAUUCUGAGUACUGCCUCCAUUGCUGAGUCCAUUGUGGAGUCUGUGUUGGCUUCCUCCUCUCGGCCACAGUCAACCACCACUCCCAGCUUCUCUGGCCUCCUCACCCUGCUGUCCCCCGUGUCAUCCAGCAAUCCCACGCUGCCCUUACAAGAGCCGCCGGUGUCGUCCGUUCCAGCCAUUGGGGGAGCACUGUCUGGGGCAUCCUCUGCGCCCACCACUCCUCAGACUACCACAGUUACAAGUUUGCCACCAUUUCCCUCACCAACCACCACCACCACCAUCCCAGCCACCACCUCCUCCACCCCAGUGGCCAGCCUGGCCUCCACAGCCUCCUCACUGCCUGUCACAGACACUGAGAUGGUCACUGCCUCCCCCCUGCCAUCAACUGGACCGCAGAUUCUUCCCAGUGAUAAUGUAGAGAGUCUAGCCACUCAGGAAGAAACCCCCAUGUCAGUCAGCCCUCCGGAAUACCCAUGCUAUUCUCCCCAGCUCUUCACUCUUCCAGAGGACAAUCUCACCACCCCACCCUCACCAGGCAUUCCUCCCAGAGAGGCCUGGGAGGACCCUACCAUGCCCAUGCAGCAAGACUCCCAGGACCAGGCAGGUGAAUCUCAGGGUGGCUCAUCCUUACCUGCGCUGGUCACCCCGGCACGCCUCAGGGAAGGACAGGAUGCUGCUCCGGAGAGUGGGAGAGAAAACAAUGAGGCUGGGCCUUCGAGUUCCUCCAACACCCGUCCAGACUACUCGGCCAUUUUGGGCGACAUAGAGAUACCUGAGGGAGUUGACCCAAGCUUCCUGGCAGCCUUACCUGAGGACAUGCGGCAGGAGGUCAUUGCUGAACAGCUCAGGUUGCAGCGAGUGAGGCAGCGAGCGACGGAGAACACAAGGGAGAACAACAGCACCACUGUAGGGGAAGUGAACCCUGAAUUCCUGGCGGCGCUUCCUCCAAACAUCCAGGAGGAGGUGCUGACACAACAGCGUCUGGAGCAGCAGCGGCAGCAGGCAGCUCGGUCCAAUCCUGAUGACCCUAUGGACCCCGUGUCCUUCCUGCAGACCCUGCCUGCCUCUCUCAGGCAGACUAUACUGGCUGACCUGGAGGACUCUCAGUUUGCUGCACUGCCACCUGAGCUGGCCCAGGAGGCACAGACACUGCGGCGGCAGCGGGAGGAGCGCAACAGACAUGCACACGAGCACAUGUUCACACGGCCCGGCACAUCGCUCUCCUCCAUCCUGCGCAACACAGCACGCAUCAGCUCACGACUCAUGCACUCCUCCAGCUGGUCCACUAGCUGGAACCUGCGGCCGUCAUCCACCGGCCAGCCCGUCACACCAGCCAAGCCCCGGGGCCGCCAGCUGCUGGACCACGAGGCCAUGACUUGCCUGCUGGUGCUGCUCUUUGUCGACGAGCCCAAGCUGAACACCGUCCGCCUCCACCGAGUGCUGCGCUACCUGUGCCACCACACACCAACCAGGGACUGGGUCAUCAAGGCGCUACUAUCCAUUCUGGAGCGGUGCGGCGACCACAGUCAACAGAGCAGUCGUACAGGAAGCAUCAGCAGCGAGCAAGGAGUGACCAGCUUGACACCAGCCACCCCAGACACUGGCAGCAAGGGCAGCAGCAGGAAGGCACACUCUGCAGCCAAGGCUGAGCUGCCCCACAUCCACCCCUCAUGGCCUGGUGAAUCUCGUUCCCCUGUUGCCCCUUCCUGGCUCAGCAUGAGCAUGGAUGCUGCCCUUGGGUGUCGGGCAAGCAUCUUCCAGAUUCAGCGCACACAGCCAACAGGGAAGCGCACAUCAAUUGCAGCAACUACCACUGCUGUGAAUAUCCAUCCUCAAGCUUCUCCACUUGUAUACAGACAUGCCCUUGACACCCUGAUCUCAUUAGCUAAGUGUUUUCCGAGCCACUUUUUGCCACACCAAGGCAAGGAGUCAGACGACAGCAAAAGUGACUCCAAGAAAUCAUCAUCCGGGGGAGGGGCAAACACUGGUGCUAUCAGUAAAAACUCAAAGGGCAGUGCGUCAUCCUCAGCACAAGCCAGUGAGUCCUCAGACUUUUGGGAGCUGCUGGUGAAGCUGGACUCUAUCAGUGUGUCCCGAAAGGGGAAAGGGUUGCCCCGGACCCACUCUAGUGCUGGCGGCAGUGGAGACGAGGAGCAGCGGGUCACCAGUCUGGAGGUGUCACCACUGGGGCAGCUCAUCCAGCAGCUGGCCCAUCCCGUGGUUCGCCGGUCUUCACUUCUCACCGAUCGCCUCCUGCGUCUCUUGGCAUUGAUCUCUCUUGGCCUCCCAGAGACUGCAGACUCUUCUGCUGCACAAAGCUCCAGUGCUGCCCAGCAUUCAGUGGAGAACUCUCAAACCCUAGAACACCUGCUCAGCUUGGCUAUUCAGGUUCUCACAAGCAAGUCAUGUUCUGAGGAAGGUCUGGAGGAUGCAACAGCCCUCCUCCUGCACCUCUCCCAUGGACCGCCACCGGCCAGGGACCAAGUGCUGCGCCUGCUGCUUCUGGGUGCUGCCACACUGGGCUCAACUGUAGCCAAUCACAUUGCUGCCCUGCUCAGUGACCUCAGGGCUUACAAUGCCUCCCACCCGCCUGCAGUCAUCCCUGACGAGGACCAUCAGCUCCACCUCUCAGAGAAGAGCAAGAAGGGCUUGUUACAAGAUAGGUUUACCAAUGAAUGUGUCAUUAUCAGUGGGGCCACCAAAGUGAAGCCACCGUGUGAGCUACAGUUGGCCUCCAUGUCAGCCCUCACCAGCAAGACUUCCUCACAGGCGUUCUUCCUCCGCACACUGAAGGUCAUCAUCCAGCUGAGGGAUGCCAUCAGAUUGUCUCGCACAAGGAAGAGUGGGACUCAGGCAAGUAAUAACACAAGUGAGAGGCCGAGUGGAGCGAGUCAGCAGGACACAGCAAACAGCCAAGACCAGUCAGACGCUGCUGCUAACCAGUCCUCAUCAGAAACUCAGCAGCAGGAACAGCAGCCGCAGCAAGACCAGCAGCAGCAGCAGUCACAACAGCCACAGCAGCAGCAGCAGUCCUCUGAGGGUUCCCGAGAGGAGAGGCCAGGCACUGAGAGUAGUCAGGAGGCCCGUCAGGAGGGUGUUAGCCAGCAGGAGCAGAGUGAAAGUGUGCCUGUCGUCCUGAUCGAUGUACCAAACCCCGAGGCUGAUAAUGCUGCCAAUGCUUCAGCAGGGGCCCAGCAGGAGAGCACCCAGCCUAUCAGUGAGGCCAUGGAUAUUGACAGUGAAGCAGAAACCUCAGACUUGGGGAGCCUGAGUGCACAGCUGGACCUUGAGGAGCUGUGGGCAACGCUGUCUGAGUGCCUGGUAGAGCUGGGCGAGACACAGGACACCCAUGCUGUGCUGGUGCUGCAGCCAGCAGUGGAGGCAUUCUUCUUGGUGCAUGCAUCGGCCACCUCAGGUGAUCGCAAGGAGCGCACCACUACCCAGUCUGAAUCACGCGAGGCUCAACUUGCGCAUCUCCAUCAUGAAAUUGCCCCACUCUCUCCAUUACCCUCAGCACAGACAGAAGGUGAAGGAAGUACAAGCCAAGCCGUGAGGAGGAAAAGGGACAACUCCACAUCGCAGGUGUCUGGCUACUAUCCUGAUGACACUGAUAAGUUCCUCAAAUUUGCUGAGACACAUCGCACCGUCCUUAACCAAAUCCUGCGGCAGUCAACGGUGCAUCUGGCCGAUGGGCCGUUUGGUGUGCUGGUGGACCACACUCGCCUCCUUGACUUUGACAUUAAGAGGAAGUACUUCAGGACAGAGCUGGAGCGUGCUGACGACGGCAUGCGGCGGGAAGACUUGGCGGUACACGUCCGGCGAGAGCAUGUGUUUGAGGAUUCCUUCAGAGAGUUGCACCGACGCUCCCCCGACGAGUGGAAGAAUAGGUUUUACAUUGUGUUUGAAGGUGAAGAAGGACAAGAUGCUGGUGGUCUUCUGAGGGAAUGGUACAUGAUCAUCUCGAGGGAAAUCUUCAAUCCUAUGUACGCACUGUUCUGCACCUCGCCUGGUGACAGAGUGACUUACAUGAUCAACCCAGCCUCUCACUGCAACUCUAAUCACCUCUCUUACUUCAAGUUUGUGGGACGAGUCAUAGCCAAGGCUAUAUAUGACAACAAGUUGCUGGAGUGCUAUUUCACAAGAUCCUUCUACAAGCACAUUCUUGGGAAGAUGGUGCGUGUUGUGGACAUGGAGAGUGAAGACUACUCCUUCUACCAGGGUCUGAUCUACCUUAUGGAACACAACGUAGCAGACCUUGGUUAUGAGCUGACCUUCAGUACAGAGGUGCAAGAGUUUGGCGUGACAGAAGUGAGAGACCUGAAGCCCAACGGACGCAAUAUUCCUGUGGAGGAGGAGACAAAGAUGGAGUAUAUCCGCCUUGUGUGUCAGAUGAAGAUGACUGGUGCAAUACGGCAACAACUGAAUGCCUUCCUGGAGGGUUUCUAUGACAUCAUUCCAAAGCGCCUCAUCUCAAUCUUCAAUGAGCAGGAGCUGGAGCUUCUGAUCUCCGGCCUGCCCACCAUUGACAUAGAUGACCUGCGCACCAACACUGAGUACCACAAAUACCAGCCCAACUCCCUGCAGAUUCAAUGGUUCUGGCGGGCUCUGAGAUCCUUUGACCAGGCUGAGCGGGCCAAGUUCCUACAGUUUGUGACGGGCACCAGCAAAGUGCCUCUCCAGGGCUUUGUUGCUCUCGAGGGUAUGAAUGGGACCCAGAAGUUCCAGAUUCACCGGGAUGAUCGGUCAACAGACAGACUGCCUUCUGCUCACACUUGCUUCAAUCAGCUGGACCUGCCUGUGUACGAGACCUACGACAAGCUUCGCCACUACCUGCUUAAGGCCAUCCAUGAGUGCUCUGAAGGCUUUGGCUUUGCCUAAAAGGGAUAACUACUUCAUAUAAUCUUUAAUAAAUUCAUCUUCUGUAGAAAACUAAUGUGAUAUUGGGACUUAAAUGUGUUGGGUGUUUCCAGGAAAGCAUUAGUACAACAUCCUAGCAUUGAAACAAAUUAUCAACAGUCAGCAAUCACCUUAGCUUCCAUUGUUUGAAUUGGCUGCAGCAAGAGUGAUUUAGCAAUGUAUUGGCUCUGUAGCCAGGCUUUGGAGCAUUAGUACACGUACUUUUCACUGAGUACUGUUUGGAGCUCUACAUGAUGGCCAUCUCAUUUGUUUAUAGCCUAGCUUAGGACAAUUAUUCCAAGAUGUGCAUAUACUCAUUUCAAACAAAAAUUGUAAUCUAUAACUUGUAAUUAUCUUUCUUUUGAAUGGCUGUUUCAGCAUAACUGGUUGGAGAUUGUUAAUAAAAGAAUGUCAAAUACAGAAAUUUUUGGGAUUUAUACUUCCAGAAAGUGAAGAUGUGAUAGAUUUUGUGAGGUUUGAUUUUUCAUACUAAUUAUAUUCUUACUUAAACUUUUCCGACACUUUUAGUUUUACUGGCUCGGCUCCCAGCAGGAAGAAAAGUUUUUUAAGUUGAUGCUACAAAAUUUAUUAUAAUGUUAUGACAGUAACAGAUUAUUUUAUGGUUUUUAACUUGGUUGCCCUUUGUCCCUCACUGAGCAGAAGCAAUGGCCGCCUGGCCUUGGCAUGGCUUGGCACGGCCAAGCCCCGCUGCUCACAAGGCUUUGUGUCAGUCAUGGCUAAUAAUGAACCACCUUCCCUUGAAGCCUAUUCCAAACUACCCAUGUGAAUUUAUUGAAAAGGUAACAUUUAUACAUAUGUUCACAGUAUACAUAUACACACCUUCCAUUAGUAUUAUCACUGUGCUGUAUAUUCUGGCCUCACAACUGCUGUACAUACAAUUACAGAAAUACACUGGUAUAUCUAAUGUGAUAUAUUUACAUUUAGGGCUGUCUAAUAUUGCUACAAAAUAUUGAUCAACAUUAGAGAUAAUUAAGGAGCAAGUGAAGGACUUGUAAAGAUGUAGGCAGGUUUCCAUGAAACUUCAAGUGGGCUGUUGAAAUUGUCAAUUAUUUAUUUAUUUCCUUAUUAUAUUUUACUUUUUUCCAGUUUUCCAUUGAACAGUAUUGAAUUGUGAGUUCAUUUCCAAGGCCUGGGAAACAAUUUGCUGCUCUCAUUAUAUAGAUAUGUAUUUCUAUAUAUAUAUAUGGCAAAAUUUUUGUUUCACUAUUUAAUAUACAAGUCCAGUAUUGGCAUUUCUGGGUGUAGGUGAUGGGCAUUUGGCUAGGGCUCAAUAGGAAGGCAUGUAAAGUAUGUAAUAUUUAAUAUUUACAAAUAGCAUACUAUCUGUCGACUAGUUUCUUUCAUUAAGAAAGAUUAUUUUAAGUUUUGUGUUAAGUGGGUCAAUAUAUAAUUUUCUUUUUAUUUGUCACGAUAUAUAGUCACUGAUUUCUCAAUUUAUUUUCUCACCGUUAAGCCCAAAUGUUAUAUAGUGUAUUUUAUCACAUAUGCAAAGAACCAUUCUUCUACUUUACCAUGUUGGCAUUAAAAUACACAGUAUUAAAAUGA